GUGUGUGUGUGAGAGUGAGAGACAGAGACCCGUAGCGGUUUGCCGCUGCGAAUGCGCGCGACUUUUCAAAGUGGGCGAGCCGCUGUUCUUAAAGAGGAACGGUCACACCAGCCCCGGUGCCUGCUUUUUACAUUUCCCCCUACAAAGUUUACUGCUAAAUCAAAUACACGCUCACCGGCGACUAACUUACACGGACGAACUAACUAACUCUCACGUAGACCGCACGUAUCUGUCGCAGGGGUUUCAAGUCGCUUUUUUAAACGUUAGUCGGACUCGUUGAUGCUAAAAUGAGCUAAUAGCAACGCUAAGUUAGCUAGCGUCGGUGCUUUGUGAUGUAAACAGUUCCGUCGCUCGCAGUCGACACACGCUAGCGUUACUUCCACACAGGAAGAAGCGGCUCGACAAAUGAAACGUCCGCCUCGUCUUUACUGAAAGGCACACACACUCUCUCACCAGCAGGGGGCGCACGAUGUCCAUCGACUUCGACAGCGCUGCUCUCCAAACCCAACUCGAGGAGGAGGAAUACGACCCGGAGGACUAUGCAAGAGAGCAAGAGCUGCACAAACUGCUCACAGACCUGCCAGAUGACAUGCUGGAGGACAGCAGAGACUCCUCCUCCCCAGAGCCGGAGUACUCGACCUGCAGCAAUAAAAACCCCGGUCACAGUAGACAGUCAGCGUGGACUCAGCAAUGGUCAAAUCAUCCAGAGCCAAUCUCUCACGAACAGAACUAUGAAGCUGACUAUGACCGAGGCGGUCACGAUGAGUACACUUACGAGGAUGGUGCUGAUCAGAUCAACGGACAGCAGAGGCAUGCUCAAAGUCAACCUCUGCCUCACACCUGGAACCAGCCGUCAGAGGAUCACCAGUUCACCCAGGGAGAUUAUACAUACACCAGCAUGGGGACAGAAAAAUCUACAGAGACCAAUGAAUUCUCCACAGAGUAUGAGGCUAAACCGUACUCUCAAGGCACCGACAACCACUUGGAAUAUAAUGGAGAAGGAGGAUACAGAGUUGCGCUAAGCCAUGGGGACCAUACUACCAGAAACCACUUUCAGUCUGGAUCAGAGGACAACGUUGUGAAUCAGUACCAGGCCACCUACAAUCCUCACCAUCCUGCAAAUCAGCCAAAGAUGUUCAUCCCACAGGCCGCUCACCAAGGUGGUCAGUUUGACCCUCUGCAAAGAGAAUUCCUUGACUCGACACAACAAACUGCUGAUAGGGAACAACUAGCCCAACUGCAGAUUUUAAACAAAGCUCAUCAGAGGCAAAUGGAGGACUUGGAGCGAAAACUGGAAGAUUCAAGGCGUAAUAUGAGAUACAUCGAGCAUCAGUUUGCCAUUGUCAAAGAUGAAAGGGAUGGCCUAGCAGUAAGUCUGAAGGAAUCAAGUCGAUUGGUGGAGGAGUCCAAGGAGCGAGAGGUUCAAAUGCAAAAUAAAGUGAAGGCUAUGGAGCAGCAAAUACAGGUCCUUACUGAGAGAGAUAAUGAGAACACAAAGAAGCAGAGGGUGGCGGAGGCUGCGGUGGACAGCAUGAAACAGCAGAUGUUGGAGCUUUGUCGUUCUGACACGCUGUCCAGAUCGCGAGAGCAGCAUGACCGGGACCUUACCGUCAUUAGGGAACAGCAUGAGGUCGUACUGUUGGCCCUCGAGCAGAAGCUUGACUCCACCGGUCAGGCUCUGAAUGAACAGAUUGAUGUCUGUCGGUGCUUAAGAGAGCAGGUGAAGCAACUGGAGUGCCAGAGAGAAGAGGAGCAACUGGAGAGGGCCAGAGUCAUCAACGGCCUCACUCAGCGCCUGGAGGAGAGUCAACAUCAGUGUGCCAAGCUCCUGCAGACAUGUUCAGUGCAGGAGAUGAGUCAGGUGCAAAUUAAACUACAACAGUCUCAAUCAGCAAAGGCACUGAGCGAAAACAUGAACAAAGUCCUGCAGGAGGAUUUGGCCGAUUUGAAGGAGCAAAUCACUCUGUAUGAAUCUGCUGUGAAACACGGUGUCAUUGCAUUGGACCUAAGCAAUGACUGGGAGAACCAGCUGUCUGAAUCCUGUGUGGAUUUAGGAUUAAAGAAGACGAGCAGGAAAAACGGCACGCUCCACAGUACGGCCUUGGCUCACUUGUCAGAAUCCAAGCUGCCCAAGGACGAGGCUUUACGGCUGCUCAGAGUGGAGAUGCAGCGUUGCCUGGGCAGUCUGAAGGGGAAGCGUCAGAAGAUCAAUCAGCUCCAGGAAGAGCUUCAGCGCUGUCAGAGACAAGUGAACGAACUGCACACCCAGCUGGAUGAAGCCAAGCUCAGCUCUUCGGUCAGAGAGAAAAAUCAGAUAAAACAUCCAGACGUGUCUGGAGAGUCUCAGAAAGAGUUGCUGAGACUAAAGGAGCAAGUGGAGGUGCUAGAGAAAAAUAAUAAAGAGCUGAAGCAGGGUGAGGUGAAGUUGAGGUCUGUCAACUCAGAGCUUUGCACUAAGAUGAGGGAGAUGAUCCAGGAGCUGGACCAAGAAAAGCAGGAGGCUGCUCAGAGAGCCGAACGGAUUCAUCAGCAGUACAGGGACGACGUGGUGAACCAGGUCAAAACGGAGCUCAUGCUGGAACAUGACGCUCAGCUCGAAGAGCUGACUGCACAGCACCAGCAGCAGGUUCAACAGUUACAGACCCACUUGUCUGAGGCCAAUGAUAAGAUGUUGGCUGUACAGGAAUGUUAUUUAUCUGUCUGCAAAGAGAAGGACAUGCUCGAAGAACGAAUGGACAACAGGCAGAAGGAGGUGAUCAGAGAAAAUGAGCAAAAAAUGAAAGAGGAGAGUGGUAUAGUGGUGGAGAAGCUUAGGGAGGAGCUGGAGGCUCAGCAUCAGGCCUCAAUGAACCAGCUAAAAGCUCUGUGGUCCAAGCAGAAGGAGGCUGAGAUCCAGCAGCAGGUGAACACUCACGUAGCCUCAGCCAAGGCUACAUUUAAGGAGGAAGUGCAAAAAAUGGACAGAACAUGGACAAAAAAGCUUGAGGCGGCUGGGAGGGAGAAACACAGAGAGACGGCUGAGGCAACCUGUCAGACAGAUGAGAUCGAAGGCAGCAGUGUGACGAUUUCUCCCGAGGAGUUGGACUCGAGGCUCGAUGCCCAGAAACAACAGCUGCAACUGGAGGCUGACAAAGUCACACGCAAAGCUGCGGUCGACGCCAGGAAACACGCCCAGAGAGAGCUUCAAGAGAAACAUCUGGAUGACAUGGCCAAGCAGGUUGAAGGUGCAGUGACCAGGGCCUACAAUCGCUGGAUUGAGGAUUUGCCUUCUUUACCAGAAUACCAAGCCUCACUCCAAGCAGAGAGGGAGAAAUGGGAAGAACUCCAAGAAAAUUUCUUAGAACAACGGGUGUCCCAGUCCCUGAGGGAAGCAGAGGAGCAGUGGCAUAAGAAACACCGGCUGGAGGAGCAGAGCUCUGGAGUGCAGAGGUCGGAGGAGCUACAAGAGGAGCUGGCGACUCUCCAGAGCCAGCUGGAGCAAGGGAGGAGAGAGCAAGCCGCCCUGCUGAAGGCUGAGCUGGCCGGAGCGAGAGCAGCCUGGAACCGAGACAAACAGCAGGAGAUCUCCGCCGUGCAGGUUCGCAGUGAGCAGGCGUACCAGACCAAGCUGCAGGAGCAGCACAAAAAGCUGGAGCGGGCUUUGGAGCAGGCCAGAGCAGACGCCGACCUCGAGAAGAAUGAGCUGCUCCAGCAAACGGAGGCCAAGUUUCAGGAGGCUCUGAGGGCCCGGGAGGAGGAGUGGAGGUGUUGGCAUGCAGAGAAAGAGGUGUCCCAGAGAAGGCAGAUGAGGGAUGAACUAAUUGCAGAGCUUCAGACUGGAAUGGCGGAGGUCCAGGCGCAACUUCUUCAUCAGCAGUGCAGCGAAAACACCAGGAGGGCCAGUGAGUCCACAGCAGAGACAACAACAACACACCUCAUCCAAACAUCCUGCAAAGACAUAGUCAGCAGGGCAAUAUCCCAGGCCAAGAAGGAGUGGAAGAAAAUAAGUGAGGAGAGACUGAGCUGCGUGUUAAAGGAAACGCAGGAACAACACGAAAGAGAGAUUGACAAAAUACGGAGCUCUUUGUCCCAGAGGAAGGAGCCAGCUCGUUGCAGAAAGGAGUGCGCAGAUAAUUUCAGUAAGCUGCAGAAGAAGAACCAGGAGCUCCAGAGACACUUGGAGAAGGCCUGCCGUCAACUCCAGCACAGUUUUCGAGAGCACAAAACCACCACGAAGACCCUCAAAGAUGAGCAUGAACGCACCAUACAAAAGGCAAAGGAGGAAUAUUUGCUGCAGCUGAACGAAGUGAAGAGAGCGAAGGAAUCCUCAUGGAGUUCUGAUCACCAACAAAAUCUUCAGCAAGGCCUGGAGGAGAUGAAGCAGCAAUACUUGAUGACUGUAGAAAGGAUCAGAGAGGACAUGCUGCGUUACCUCCAGGAUAGUCGGGAUCGAGCAGCGGAGAUGAUCCGCAUGGAGGUGCAGAGGGAGCGACAGGACACUGCCAGGAAGAUGCGGCAUUAUUACCUGACCUGUCUGCAGGAGAUACUGGAGGAUGGAGGAAAGAUCGCAGGAGCUGAAAAGAAAAUAAUUUAUGCCGCGAGCAAGCUGGCAGCCAUGGCCAAAGUGCUAGAGACGCCCAUUAAAAGUAAAACUGAAAAGAACUACAGUUUAACGAAUGGUUCGACUGCUGUAUCCACCACUGGCUGCCCUCCAGGUAAAAACGCAGCUUUCAAUAAGAACCCGUCCACCCUGCCCGAGCUCCCGGACAUCAGCGCAGAGGAGAGUUCCCAGAGGGAAAAGACCUCUGCCAGUUCACAGCAGAAACAAGACGCUGCAGCCAGGACUAAACCUUACAGCGACACCUCUGCAUCUGGGAAGGAGGCGGCCUCAGUGCACGCAGCCAUAAAACCCCAAGUUACUGCUCAUACUAAUUUUCUUUCUUCCAAACCUUCCAAACAGACGCCUUCCUCUCAUCAGACGCCCUCUCCAUCCCAGGUGAAUUUUGUUAGUGUGUCUGUGAGGGGUAAGAGCAGAGAGCGGCACCUGCAGGGAGGAGCCUCCAGCGAAGCAGACGACCACCUGGACUCUGAGCGACAGAGCAAACCUUUUCUCAUCCAGGCGGCUCCAGUCAGAGACGAGAAACAGACCGACUGGAGCGUGACCAGCAUUGACUCAGACACGGGCUUCCAAGUUCCCAGACUCUCCUACUCUGGGAGGAAAGUAGAACCAGUGAAGCCAUUUUCUGUUUCCGCUUCUGUCUCAGCUAGCGACUUCAGAGAGUUCGGUGGCCUCUCUCCAGAUACGUCUGACCUGACGGUUUAUAAUGACAUUGUCAAGAAUACACCUCAAACCCAGAACUUGAACUUUCCCUCUGUGAAGACGAGUAAAUGCAGAGAGCUUACCCCCGGCUCCGAGGCCAAGAAGCAGCAGGGAGCUUGUCCCAGGCCUCUGUUCUCUGAGUUGAGACAGCGCCACCAGGACAGCGGCUUUGACAGUCCACUAUACCAACAGACAGGACCAGGUGAGGGUCUGAGGUGAGAUAUGAAGGUGAGCUCCAAAGUAACUCGACCACUUCAGUUACGUUACCAAAUGGUGCCUUUUAAGACUGUACAAAAUUUACAUGAUGUAGAACUUUUGCUUUCAUAGUUGAUUUCAGUGUUUGUGUGUGUUGUGUUGAGUUUGGAGAGAGUCGAUGCCACUCCUGCCCCCUGUCCAACAGUAACGAAAUCCACCCGCUGCUCGCUGCUCCCAAACAGGAUAUUGAAUUUUUACAAGUUAUUGUUCUGGAGAAGUGAAAAUUCGAUUAAACAAGAUUUAAAAAUAUAACUUGUUACUUGUUGAGCUUCACAGGUGCCGGCGGGUGGAUUUUGGUACCUUUGUGGGGAGCCACGCUAACUGUCCCAGCUCGCCCUUAUCAUAAGUAAAGGUUUAUUACGUCUCCUUUUUUUUCUCUCUCUCUUUGUGAGAUCUUGCUCUCAGAUUUUAAAGCGUUUUCUGUCGUCAUAUUUUAAAAUAUCUGAUAUGACACUAUUGACAUAUGCUGUGCAUAUAGUGUUGCUGUUUUUUUAUAUAUAUAUAUUGGUAUAUUUCAUUUUAAUAAAUCUUAUUUUAUCACAAAUUAA